AAAUGUUAAAUGACAUGUUAUAUAUUGAUUAUUAUAUGUUUUGGGCCGCCUUUAAAUCGUAAAUUUUCAUUAAAACUGUGCUCGCAAAAAGGCUGAAAAAAGCUGAUUAUCGAAAUAAUCAAAUCGAACCAAUUGACGAUCAAAGAUGGCAAAUAUUGAGAAACAACAUGAAAUCGUGAAGACAAGCCUAUUCAAAUUCGUGAACGAGCAUAUAUCCGGGGCUGAUUUAUCCGUCGUCGAUGAAAUCGUAUUGUCCUAUGUCAUAUCGAUUUUGGAGGAGGCAUCGCAGGAUCCAUGCUUUGAUGUGGACGGUUUUAUUGAAAUGAUGUCCGCAUAUUUCCCAGAAUUUUCAGGAAUUGAUCCAGCAACCGUAUGCACAUGGAUAUUCCAAUUGGAAAAUCAAUUGUCCAGCUUGAACAAAACUGCCGAAUCGCAAAAUUUUUCACUCAAAUCGUUAAGUCUUUCCGAUAUAAUUCCCGAAUCGAAACUUCGAGCACGACCACCAUCCAUUUCGGAUGGCGUUGAAACCAGCUCAAAUAAUGCCAAACGGACGCAGCAUCUGUCGGAAACCAGCGAUUGUGGAUCGACGGACAGUUCGGGAUGUGAUUUCUUUUCGGAUGAAUGCGAUGUACUGCAAGAAAUGUUUCCGGAGAGCUCCUUCUUGGAGGUGAAACAUUGUGUGACGAUUGCGAAUGGUGAUAUCGAUAGAGCCACUCAAAUUCUACUGGAUAGACAGGAGGCUGGCCAGAGUUUAACCGCCAAUUUUACCAAUUUACAUGCACCGAAAAACCAAGUCAUCGAUGAUAACGAACUCAAAAAUCGCAUUAUUUCUAGAUACUCGUACGUUGAUAAGAACGCUGAAAAUAAGGAAUACAAGCCAGUAAUACCGAAAGUCGAACCAAAAAAAUUGGUUCGUUAUCGUGACAACAAAAUUGUUUCGCUAAAGGGCGAACGUUACACAGACGUUCGUCGCGAUGAGGAUGCUGAGUUGAAAAAACCCAAGAAGCCGAUUUGUCCGUAACUAAAAUUGAUAUUAAUUCAUGCAAGGCAUUUUACACGUUUUAAACAAAUCAUAUUCGUACUCGUAAAUGUGUUAGUAGUAAUUGUACAGAUCGGAAGCAACCAACAACAACAACAACAAAAACAUCAACAAUUGAACACACCACAAAAAUCCAAAAUUAUUACGGUCGUACUAAAUGUUAUUGCUGUUAUUGCCCUAGUCAAAUGUGCAUUUCGUAAAUAUGUUUGUUAUUACAGUCAAUGUGACAUGAUCGAUGUGCUCGACAACGAUACGGAUCGAUCGAAACGUACUAAUUCAAGUCAUUUCCGUGAAAUUUCGUUUUAUUUUAAAUGCCCUGUGUUGAAUUUCGUCAAUUUUAGUUGUGCGACACAGCCAGCGACGAAAAGUGACAUUGAUUGCGGUUCGCUGAACAAACCAUUUAUUCCUAACGAACAAGAAAUCUCGCAUAGAACAAAUAUUCUUAGUUUAUCAUCAAUAUUAUUUCCAGUAAGUACUGAACGCCAAUUAGUUAUCAUAUUUUGUAUAGUAGAGUACCGUAAAGAAGAAGAAGACUUCAUCACACAUAAUAACAACAACAAAAAAAUGAACAACAUCGUUCCGGACACCGAUGCCAUGGUUAAGUAUUUAAACAACAACAACAAUUCAAUUUACAAUUUUAGUUUAUUUAUUGUCAAUGAUUGGCUGCCAAUCAUUACAACUAUUUUGUACUUAGCGAUUAACGAUUUCACUUUAAUUUUAAUUAAUUUUUACGUAGUAGGAUGUUCCGUUCAAUCGUAUUUGGGUGGAUUGAUUCGAAAUUUGCUGCGAAAUGUUCGAUUAAUUUACACGGAUUUGAUUGGUAAACGCUGGACGCAUUUGAUGCGAACAGCUUUAAAGAAUUCCAUGAUAAUUGAAUUGUGAUAUUUAGAACUCAAUUGAUUUAUGCGAGCGUGUGA